CUCGUCUCGCCUUUCUUUCAUACGAGCUACGAAUCAUCCGGAUACGUACCAGAGGCACAGAGGCUAAAUUGCCCGCACCUGAACCUCCCUUCUUCCUUCCCUACACUCGCAACCCUUCAGCUCAAUUCACUCACUUCCUCUUGCCCUGUCCAUUCUUCCUGAUUCCUUCUUCAUUUGAUCUUCGUUGCCGCAUUCAUUCGACCGUCUUUGCUCGAUCAUCAAGCAGUGGAGAGGCCUUUUUCACGGUGGUCCUGCCUCGAACAAGAUCCAGCGCGUUCGUGGCAUCUACGCCAUCUCAUCAUCCCACCACCUCACCAUUUCCCAGCGACCGCAUCAUCCGGAAUCCAUUGGAGUUUGCAGCUUCUGUUUCUCAGCAAUUGGACAAGACAUGCUGUCAUUCCUUUCGUAAUUCAUCCAGUCGACAUUGAACUUCACGGCUUGGGAUCCCGCCUCUCCCUCAUCCCCACGUGACCUGUCAGCAACAGACGCGCGACACCUAUUUGGAACGGCAAGCCUUGCCCAAGGUCAACCACCCAGACCCCUGAUCUCGCAUUCAACAUUGUAAACCCAGAUAUUAUAUACCAUGGCCACUACCGCUCUGAACGUCACCGAGGCCGCCGUGGCUGCACAGCCCAACAUGGGCGGCGCCCAGUUCGCCUCCCAUACUUGGCUGGAACCGAUUAUUGUCGUUUCUAUAAUGAUCACGUCACUCACGGUCAAUCGAAAACGAAACUUCCGCAUUCUGGAAUCCAGCCGAGGCCGCUCACCCACGCGGUCUCUCCUGCCACAUGACAGCCAGGAAGUCUCUCCCGACAGCUCUAUUGACUCGGAUUCUUACCUUUCUGGCGAGUCUGAUGUUUUCACGUCGGCCAAAUAUCCCCCCAAGAAACGAAACUGCUGCGGCACGGUCGUCCGUACCCCCAACUCAUCCCGGUUCGCCGACCACAUCCACAGCCGCAUCUUGCAGAAAUUCCCCUUCCUCAUCGAAAUGUUUUACUGGGUUCUCAACUUGCUGUUCUACACCUUGACCAAGGCCAUUGCUCAACUAUUCUUUUCUAAUUACGACGGCCUUCGUGAACUGGCCCAAGACCACGGCGUCUUGAUCUUGGACAUCGAACACAAGUCCUGGUUAAGCUUCUUGUUCCCCAUCCAAGAAUCAGCAUUCCAAGCUUGGUUUAUGAACAAUCAUCUGUCGACCAUUACUUUCUUGAAUCGAAUCUAUUCUCUUGUACACAUUCCUGGCACUGUUACCUUUCUAUCAUGGUAUUACUUCGCCGCUCCUAAUCACGCGACAUUCGCCACUGUCCGCCGCACAAUGACUCUUGGAAACUUUGCCGCUUUUGCCAUCUUCACCGUCUUUCCGACCAUGCCGCCUCGAUUACUUCCCAAGGAGUUCGGUUUCCACGACACUGUCCGACAGGCCAAUGCCGAGUCUGUCUGGGUUGGGGGGAACUACGUCAAUCAACUGGCUGCAAUGCCCAGUCUACAUUUCACCUACGCUUUUGUCAUUGGAUGUACGCUUUUGUAUCAUUCCGGCGUGUUCCGACGCACGCAACGUAACGAGCCACGAAAAUCUGUUUUCUCGCAAAUCUUCUUUUUGGUGGCCGGGAUUUCUUACCCGCUGCUGGUGUUGACCGUCAUCGUGGCGACGGCAAACCACUACUGGCUAGAUGCCGUGGUGGCCAUGUUGACGACCACUCUGUCGCUCUUGUGCAAUAAAGUCUGGAUGUUCCUGCUUCCUGCCGAGGAUGUAUUAUGUUGGAUAUUGAGGGUCGAGAAGCCGGUGCCUACGACAGGCGAUAGAUUGGAGAGGCAAAAGGGCGGAAGAUACCAGCCCGUCAAGGACGAGGAAGAACCAUGAAAGGUUUCUUUGUUUGAACAUAUUCUAGAACGCAACUUAUUCGGUUCUUGGUCGUGUUAGAGAAGGGGGAAGGGGACGACGUCCGCUAGACCGUGUGUCUUGCCAAGCUCUCGAAGACGGCAGUCGAUGCUGGGCUGGGAGACCAAGACGCGAUGGGGUUGGAGGGGCCUCAGGAUCAGGGAUGACGAGCCUCUGAGUUGGUUUGACGUCGAUGAAUAUCUAGCCGACCAUUGCUAUCGCAAGAAACUGGAAGCCGCCGACUCGGACUUGGCCGCGGAUGUUAUGCUUGGGCCAGGAGUGGUUAAUUCCUCACGAACAGCACGACGGACCUUGAAGACCCAAACAAGCUACUGCUCCAGCCUUCAACCCUAGCGAUAAUAUUCGAUUAGCACCAGAGACUUGGGCUCGAGCUAUCAUACCUGCCGAACUCUUCACUCAAGGGCCGAUGGGGAACCCGCGGACCAUGUUCAAUCUAGCUACCACACCCAGGGGAGAAUCAUAUGUUCGUUCCGCUUCGAGGAGUAGAAGCCAUUCAGUUGUCAAUCCGAAUUGAUAUCAACUCGACUUGACUGUGGGUGGCCUACACCAUCUUGGGAUGAUGUUAAAGGGUAAGCCUAUGUGAUCAACAUGUUAUAAAAGAGACUCGCAUGUCCGUAGCAUAGCGAUUGAAACUUGGGGUACAGGGUAUGGGACACUGGAUGGCACCAAAUAUAAUAGUUUCCAACAUUACGAUUGAUUUCCGUUA